CUUUUUCUACCACCUCCUCGUCUACAGAAGUGUCUGUUCUCUCUCCGUCACUCUGUCGGUAGCUUUCGCGUCGACUGGCCAGAGUCCGCGAGCUGUUCUCUCCACUCAUCUCCUUCCGUAUCAUCCCUCCAUCUCAGGGAACUACAGAGGCCUCUCAUUGGCUCAUCUCACUUUCUGAUUCUGCAUCGUCCUGAUUUGGCUAUGGCUUACCACAGCUUCUUGCUCGAGCCAAUCAGCUGCCACUCCUGGAACAAGGACCGGACCCAGAUUGCUCUGUGUCCCAACAACCAUGAUGUCCACAUCUAUAAGAAGGACGGGACCAAGUGGACCAAGAUUCAUGAACUGAAGGAGCACAACGGACAGGUCACAGGUAUAGACUGGGCUCCAGAGAGUAACCGUAUCGUGACCUGUGGGACGGAUCGUAACGCGUAUGUCUGGUCUCUGAAGGGGGAGGUGUGGAAGCCCACCCUGGUCAUCCUCCGUAUCAACCGGGCUGCUCGCUGUGUCAGCUGGUCUCCCAAGGAGAACAAGUUCGCUGUGGGCAGCGGGUCACGCCUCAUAUCCAUCUGCUACUUUGAACAGGAGAAUGACUGGUGGGUCUGUAAGCACAUCAAGAAGCCGAUCCGUUCCACCGUCCUCAGUCUGGACUGGCAUCCGAACAACGUGCUGCUGGCGGCUGGAUCCUGUGACUUCAAAUGCAGAGUGUUCUCGGCCUACAUCAAGGAGGUGGAGGAGAAGCCGGGGCCCACAGUCUGGGGGUCCAAGAUGCCCUUUGGAGAGGUGCUGUUUGAGUCUGGGCCCUCAGGGGUGUCUGGGGGGGCUGGAGAUGGGGCAGGAGGGGGAUGGGUCCACGGGGUCUGUUUCUCCCACAGCGGGAACCGCCUGGCCUGGACGUCACAUGACUCCACUGUGGCGAUCGCAGAGGGAGGCAAGACCAGCACGAUUAGCAGUCUGAGCUCUGAGACCCUUCCUCUGCUGUGUGUCAGCUUUAUCACUGAGAACAGCCUGGUGGCCGCUGGUCAUGACUGCUACCCGGUGCUGUUUGUGUAUGACGGUACUAAGGGCUCAGUAACAUUCGGAGGGAAGCUGGACGUUCCCAAGCAGACGUCUCAGAGAGGGAUCAGCGCCAGGGAACGCUUCCAGAACCUGGACCGCCGAGCCACCUCGUCUGAGACCACCGAGCAGGGCCUGGAGAGUCUGCACAAGAACAGCAUCAGUCAGAUCUCUGUGCUGGAGGGAGGGAAGAGUAAAUGUACCACGUUCUGUACCACUGGGAUGGACGGAGGAAUGGUCACAUGGGAUGUCAAGAGUCUGGAGUCUGCCCUGAAGGAUCUCAAGAUAGUCUGAUAUCCCCAGCCAACCAGCCAACCAGCCGACCAGCCGGGAUAUGAAGAAAUCUCACCUCUUUGCCUUUCUGCUUCUCUGCGUCUGUCUCAGCAGCUGCUGGAGACAUCUUCUUUCUGUCUGUCUCUGUUGAGCUCGAAGCACGGCAGCCAUGACAACGACGUCUGCAUUCCACAUGGCACCCUGUUCUUUUUAUAUCGGUAGACCAGGACCCAUAGGACACCAUUUGAGACACAUCUUGAUUGUUUUUUUUUUUUUUCUUAUCUUCUUUGUUUUAGAAUCCAGGAAAUGCGUUGUUCUGUUCCGUCAGGUGUUCUAUACUGAUAGUUGACGGAACAGAACAACGCAUUUCCUGGAUUCUAGAAACAUCUUCUUUGUUUUAGAAUCCAGAAUCCAGGAAAUGCUUUGUUCUGUUCCGUCAGGUGUUCUACUCUGAUAGUUGUACCUGGACAUACAGCUGUGCUCUUAGUGUACAGCACGAUUCGCUUGGGCUUCUGGAAUUAGUUUACUUGGGUUUUAGUUUUGAUGUUCACACAUGAAUUUGUUGGAUUUACAGCACAGGACCUAGAAAAAAAAUCAUAUCUAAACUUGAGAUUUUUUCACUUCAAAUAAAAAAAUUAAAAAGUAAAUUAAAUAGAAUGGACUAAUGACCCUUACAGAAAAAGAUGACAGUUUUUAAUAGUGCAGUUAAAGUGCAUUUAAAGUGCAGUUAAAGUGCAGUCGACUGUGGUAUUUUGGACGUAGUAAUUUCAGAAUAAGUGCAGUUAGACCGCGCGCUGACCGCAUUAUUUUUUUUCGUAACGGGAAAUGAUUCUGAAUUGUAGUGAAUUUGUUUGGAGGCAGGUGAUUAGUUUACUGUGUGAUGUAUUAUAUCUGUGGUAAGUUGCAGGUGUCUACAGGGUAAAAACAUAAAACACAAAAAGCCAUUUAACCAGUUUUGAAAAGUUGUGAAAAGUGGAAACCGGACAUUCUGCUCCGAUGAACUCCGUUAUCAAGAUGUAUUAGAGCGCAGCUGUUCGCUAUUAUAGUAGGACGCGUCAGCAGGUAUUUAUAUACUCAUGAAGAAAGCCAAGCCGCGGUACCUGUUAAAUGCUUAUGCUGGUCAUAAUAUGCAUUUUAAUAAAUGAUUUACUAUCAUA